AUGUCAGAAACAGAAAACACUGCCAGCUUUUGGGACGAGCUAACGAGCCCCAUAAACUUAGCAUUGGUCGCCGUCAUAGUGUACCUUGUCUACAAAAUAAUACAGUCUAAAUUCGAGAGGGAAACCGAGGCCGCACCGCCUCCCCCGCCGAUGCCAAAACUCCGAAAGGACCUAACCGUUGCCGAGUUGAAGAAAUACGACGGCACUCAGCCUGAUGGGAGAGUUUUGCUGGCCGUAAACGGGGUGAUUUUUGACGUCACCAGAGGCAAGCGGUUUUACGGGCCUGGGGGUCCGUACGCGGCAUUCGCGGGUAAGGACGCGACCAGGGGACUCGCGACUGGUCAAGUGAGCGGCUCGGAACAGGAGUACGAUGACGUCAGCGAUCUGACACAAGAAGAACAAUACUCUGCCAAUGAAUGGGAGGCGCAGUUCAGAGAAAAAUAUGACAUCGUUGGCCGCUUACUGAAACCGGGGGAGACGCCCAGCAAAUAUAGCGACGACGAGUCCGAAGAUAAGAAGGAGAAGUAG